AUGGCAACUGCUCAAGAUAUCCGUCCUCGCAAGGACGAUCUGGCCGCACAGGCUCAGUACUUUUCCACCUCGCCCACAGCUUCAUUCCACUCCCCCUCCAGUCACGGUUCCGCUCUCCAACGGAUCAUCCCGGUGCUGAAUGCAAAGCACCUCAAGCCUUUCGCGACCGAAGACAUUAAGGUUCUGCUUCUGGAGAAUGUGAACCAGGCCGGCCGUGACAUCCUAUCUGCGCAGGGCUACCAAGUGGAAUUCCUCAAGUCUUCGCUCCCCGAAGAUCAGCUCAUUGAGAAGAUCCGUGACGUUCACGUCAUCGGUAUUCGCUCCAAGACCAAGCUCUCAGAGCGGGUUCUGAAGGAGGCCAAGAACCUGAUCGUCAUCGGAUGCUUCUGCAUCGGUACUAACCAGGUCGACCUCCAGUAUGCCGCCAACCAUGGUAUUGCGGUCUUCAAUUCGCCCUUCAGCAACUCUCGCAGUGUUGCAGAGCUGGUUAUCGGAGAGAUUAUUGUCCUCGCGCGCCAGCUAGGUGACCGCUCAAACGAAAUGCACAAUGGAACCUGGAACAAAGUGAGCAGCAAAUGCUGGGAGAUCCGUGGCAAGACACUGGGCAUUGUUGGAUAUGGUCAUAUCGGCGCCCAAUUGUCCGUGUUGGCAGAAUCAAUGGGUAUGUCGGUUAUCUUCUACGAUGUGCUUAACCUGAUGGCCCUCGGUACGGCCCGUCAGGUCGAGACUUUGGAAGCCCUAUUGUCUGAAGCCGACUUCGUCACCUGCCACGUUCCCGAGAUCGCCGAGACAAAGGGCAUGUUCGGUCAGAAGCAAUUCGAACAGAUGAAGACCGGAAGCUACCUGAUCAAUGCCAGCCGCGGAACUGUGGUAGACAUACCCGCCCUUAUUGAUGCCAUGCGAAGCGGCAAGGUUGCUGGUGCUGCCCUGGAUGUGUACCCCAAUGAGCCCGCCGGUAACGGUGACUAUUUCAACAAUGACCUCAACGCAUGGGGAGCUGAUCUGCGUUCCCUCAAAAACCUGAUCCUCACCCCCCACAUCGGAGGCAGCACUGAGGAGGCCCAGAGCGCAAUUGGUGUGGAAGUUGCUCAGGCUCUGACUCGCUACGUCAACGAGGGUACCACUCUGGGAGCUGUCAACCUGCCUGAAGUCAACCUCCGCUCCCUGACCAUGGAGGAACCCAACCACGCACGUGUUGUCUACAUCCACAAGAACAUUCCCGGUGUGUUGCGUAAGGUGAACGAAAUUAUUGGUGACCACAAUGUCGACAAGCAGAUGACCGACAGCAGAGGCGAUGUUGCCUAUCUGAUGGCUGAUAUCAGCGACGUGAACUCCGCGAACAUCAAGGACCUGUACGAGAGACUCGAGAGUCUUCCUUCCCGAAUCAUGACCCGCAUUCUGUACUAG